UGAAAUAGACAAAAAUGUUUGGUUAUUGAAACGUAUAUUUGAUGAUCAACUACUUUGGAUUGUAUGAAAAUGAAUAAGUGAAUAACAGCAAGUUUAUUCAAUAAUGCCUGCAAAAUUGAAGCAGACUUUCUUCAAUGUGAGUUGUAAGGAUUUGGCUAUAUCCUUGCUGGGUAAAAUGUUGGUCCGUAAAUUGGAUAAUGGAGAAAUAUUGAAGGGUAGGAUUGUUGAAACUGAAUGUUAUCCUGGAGGUGAGGAUAAGGCUUCAAAAUCUUACAUGGGAAGGAGAACAAAAGGAAAUGAACCUAUGUACAUGGAGGCUGGCACAUCUUAUGUAUACAUGACUUAUGGAAUGUAUUAUUGUUUUAACAUUUCUAGUGCAGAACCUGGAGCUGCAGUGCUAAUAAGAGCAAUUGAACCUAUUGUUGGUGCAGAGGAAAUGUUAAAGCUAAGGCAAUGUGGUAGAAAAAGUGUUUCCAAGAAAUUGAAAGAUACUGAAAUUGGAAACGGACCAUCCAAGCUAUGUACAGCUAUGAAUAUUAACAAAACCAAUUGUAAUAUGCUGAAUUUGGAUACAGAUAAAACAUUUUGGUUAGAGGAUGAUCAAUAUAAUGUAACUAAAAUGAUAUCAACCAGUAGAAUAGGAAUUGCAUCAGCUGGUACAUUAUGGGCAAGCAAACCAUACCGUUUUUAUGUUUGCAACAAUCCUCAUGUUAGUAAACGAGACCAAUUGAAGGAAAACGAUUCCGUUUCACAUACAAAUAAAUAACAUAAAAAGCAAUUAAAUUUCUAUGCAUUUCCUUUUACUUUCUAUAGUAUUAAGUGAAGAUUAAGUGAAAAUGA